CGAUAAGUAACCGUAUAUCUAUUUUUGUAUGAAAAAUUCAGUUCAGUUAGAAACAAAAAAAACACGAAAAACAUGUGUUUCAUUGUAAAAUACGUACUUUUAAUCGCCAAUUUUAUAUUUACACUAGCAGGCUUAACCCUAUUUGGGCUAGGUAUAGCUGCUCUAGUGAACACAUCAGAUUUAUCCGGGGUCGCUACAACACCUCUAAAUGCGAUUGCUAUAUCGAUCAUCGUCUUGGGAGCUAUCGUAUUCUUGGUAGCGUUCUUCGGAUGCUGUGGGUCUAUGAAGGAGAAUAGAUGUCUUCUCAUAACUUAUGCCUUAUGUCUGUUGCUGUUGGCUGGUGCCAAAAUAUUUUUAGUAGUGCUGAUGUUCAAGAAUGUGGAUAACAUCGGUGAUCUGGUCGAUGAUUGGAUCACAAAAGCAUUCUAUAACAUCGAAGGGAGAGAUACCAUCCACGCUAUUGAAAAUACGUUCCUAUGUUGUGGUACCACCGGCCCUAACUCAUACAUUGGUAUACUACAAGCAUUACCGCCUUCAUGCUGUCCAUACGAUGCAUCCCAGCAGUGUGUAAGCAGUAAUGCUUACGGAGGCUGUAUAAAUAUUGUCACUGACUUCUUGGUGAAAUACAGUGAUGUCUUUGGCGGUGUUUUAGCAUCAGUAUUGGCUGUUGAGUUUGUGGCGAUUUUGUUUGCGGUAAUGCUUUCAUGCAGCAUUGGUGCCAAGAGACCAUAAACCGUUUGACAAAUCUCUGACAACAAAAGAAGCAUGCUUCGUACUUAAGUUCAUGGUAGACCAUGACCUUAGCUGUACUGGUCCAGUAUUAAUUUGAAUUGUCAUUAAUCGUAAUUGUGUCUUGAUUCCCGGUGUUAAGGUGCAUUUUACAACAUAAAAUGAACUGUUUUCUCGCUUUGAAGGUUAUGGCAUACGCAGAUCUCAACAUUAUCUUAAAAACCAGAACUUUAUAAAGCUGCUACUCACGAACGUCAUCGACACGAUAGAUAUAAAAUAUAUAUGUUUUGUAUAUUUGUUUGCUACCUAUGACAUUAAAUUGUCUACAUUACAAUUAUUGAUGAUUUAGAUGGAAAUCUUUUUUUAAUCUUAUUUAUAUGUGAGUAAGUUUAGUUUUCUAUUGUUUUUAAUAAAUAUUCUCACAAUAUUUUAAUCUAUUUAUCAUUAAAUAUAAUUCUUAGAUAAGUCUUUAACACAAAAUCAUUUAGGUACCACACUUAAUAUUUCCGAACCAAUUCGACUUAGGUUCCUUCAAUAAAAGCCAAAAGUAAGUGUCCAUUUUUCACGUUGGCGUUUAAGACGCAUGUUUUAAAAGGCUUUAUUACAACAAGCUGCAUAAAUACGAUAGGAACCGGUCAGUGUGCCGUUAUACACACCAUCGGUUAAGGUCACUAAACUUAUUAUAUCUCUUAUAUACAAGUAUCCAUACCAGUAUUUUGACUAUAAUUGAAAUAUGGCACAAAACGCAAAGGACAACCCUUGAGAAGCAAUUUGUGUUUGAAUGAUAAGUUGUUAUUUAAUAUUUUAUGUGUUUUAUUGUAUACAUAAUCAAAAAAAUAUUCCACCGCACAUCGCACACGUUUCCAAUUCCAAAAUUCCAAAUUGAACUCUAAUGUUUAUGAACCGUCAUAUGUACAUAAAUUUCAAAAUAUGAUAAUGUAUUUCUCGUAAGUCAAAGCCAAUUAAUACAAGGAAGAAUUCAUUUCAAUAAAAAAAUGUUUUUAUUUACAUUCAUAUUUUUAAGAUUAUUUUUUUAUUUUGUUACAAAUGAAAACGAUGAAAAAUUCCUACAGAAUUAGAAUGAUGUACCUAUCCCCCAGUAACUUAGGCUUUAUUUAUUUUAUAAUAUUAAUAAACAUAUUUUAAUUU